AAAAGGAAAAAAAAACAAAAAACAAACAAAAAAAUUCUUACCUCGGAAUAAACGAAGCUCAUCGAUUAUAAAGCCUGAAACUCCCAUCAUCUUGUUUGUUUCCGCAAGAAGAGGGAAAAACAAAAAAGACCUCAAAACAUGAAUAGCCACUCAACUCCUUCCACAGGCUUGGCCCUUUACAACAACAACAACAAUCCUUACGUCCAAUGUUCCCCUGUUUCUGCAUCGCCUUCAUCUGGCAAUCGUCAAAGGGUGAAGGUGUUUGGUGCUUUCGGCCGGUGCGGAAAGAGGUUUGAAGAAGCCACAAGAAAAGCAGAAGUCAUUGCAGACAACUUCUGGAAUCACCUGAGAAUUAGCCCUAGUAUGUCGGACGCGGCACUGGCAAGGGUUGCUCAGGGAACAAAGGUGUUGGCAGGUGGGGGAUAUGAGAAAGUGUUCCGGCAGGCGUUUCAGAGCAUGGCCGGAGAGAAGCUCUUACACUCGUAUGCUUGCUACUUGUCCACUGCUUCUGGACCUGUGAUUGGCACACUCUACAUUUCCAAUAAGAGAAUAGCCUUUUGCAGUGAUUUUCCCCUCACCCACUACCCUUCCCAAGGGACUCCAGAGUCGUCAUAUUACAAGGUUGUGAUACAGCUCGAGCAGUUGAGGACAGUGAAUCCUUGUGCGAACAGAUGGAACCCUUCCGACAAAUACAUACAUGUAGUCACGAGGGAUGGCCAUGAAUUCUGGUUCAUGGGUUUUAUAUCAUAUGACAAUGCCCUCAAGAAUCUACUCGCAGCUAUACAGCCUUCUCGUGGUUGAAUUUGGGCGUUUCCUUUGACCCAAAACAAAGAUAUACUAAUGUUUUUCAUGUUUCUUGAAUCGUUCCUACAUGUAUAACCAAUUAAAUAAUAACUUUUUUGUGUACUUUCCUCAUAAAAUAGUGAGAGACCAGCCACCACCGGAAUUAAGUACCACUACUAAUGAAAAUAAGAUUCACCUAUGGGUCUAACGUUACGAAGACCCAAAUGUUAUUAGUUGACACCACUAGUGUAUUAGUGG